GACGGAUUAUGGGCGGCGACGACAGCGGCGAAGCGACUACCCAGCAACUCCAAGCGCACGACGGCCUGUUCCUCACGCAUCAAGAGAUCCAAUUGCACCAACUCUACCAAGAGAUUGCUAAGAUGCACCACCAGAUCAACAAGUCCAGUGACGUUGUCUCGUCGUCCACGUCACAUGACAAGAAGCAGCACACCCAAGGAUAUUCACAUGCACCAGCGGCACUCACACGAACGUCCAGCACGUCUUCAACGGGUGGAAGCAGCAAUUCGAUGUCGUCCCUCUCUGCGAUCGAUCGCGUGAAAGCUGUGAUGGCCGCGAAGGCCAAGCAACAGUCGUCGAACCCCUUGUCGAAGUCGACCGUAAAACAGGUCGCACCCAACAAACGAGCGAAUCCACUCGCCGACCUAUUGAAACCUGGUGCAUCCCCAGCUACUCCCACGACAACAGUUAAGCGACCGCGAUUGCAUUCAUCCGACACGCAUCCAUCGUCGACAUCCCACGGAACGUCGUCUGUGAACACUGUGACUGGUGAAAUGAGGCUCGCAAACGGCCGCGGCAUCCAACUCCCGCCCGAGAGCUUCCUGCGGACGGAAGAAUGGUCCUCCGAAAAGGAAGAACCUCUCAGUGUGACGCUCCCCGCUGUCGUUUUCCGCACGAACAACACGCUGGUCGUGAAUGGGCUCAUCCCCACCCACUCAUGUCGGUUUGUCCUAAACAUCGCAACACCCGACGGCACCGUCGUUUGCCACAUGAAUCCCCGAAAGAUGCGCGGUGGGCAGAUCCUUCUGAACAGUUAUGUGGACCGCCGAUGGGGCUCGCCGCAGAUCGUCCACCGAUGUCCCCUCGUGUUUGGUUCAGCUGUGCCGUGCGGGUUCAUGCUCCGGAUUACGAUCACGCCCACCGGUUUCCUUCUCUUUCUCGACGAAGUCUUUGUGGAAGAGUUCAAGCACCGGAUUCCACUCCGGGAAGGUGACAACCUCCUCCUCCAAGUCCCCGUCAAGGACGAGUACGGAAACCCCGAAGUUGUGCACAUUCACAACGUAUGGUGGGGCCACACCGAUAUGGCUGCCGCUCCAACACACAGUGCCAUGGGUGGGUCAUACCCCCCGCACAACAACAUGGCGCCUCCAUCUCGAUCCAACGGUCCUCCUACGUCCUUUGGCAAUGCACCACGGCAAAGCGACAGCCGCAAUCAGUUUGAUGUGUACGUGGGUAAUCUACCGAGCGACGCGACGCGAUCGGACCUGGCGCGCCUCUUUGCCGACUUCUCGUACGACUACAUCCGCAUCACGCCCCGUGGAUUUGGAUUUGUCGCGCUGAAAAAUCAAGCAGAUGUCGACCGCGCGGUGCGGGAAUUGGACGGCGCGGUGCUGCCUGGCUUCACCGUGUCUCUGAAGAUUUCCGUCGCAUUAUCCAAACGCAUGACGUCGCAAUGAAGGGGGCCAAAUUGUCGAUCGAACGGAGAUCGAACGCAGUGUCGAACGUUAAGUUAAUCGGUUGUGAUGAACCAUCUCGUU